GGAGUCUGUGAACGCCAAGAGCCUUCGCCUGCCUCUCUCCAUGUGUGCUGCCGAGGUGGACCGCCACGUAGCCCAGAGAUACCUGAUCAAGCGAAGGCUUGGGAAGGGGGCUCGCGUCCCUCCUCCUCCGAGGCUCCUGUACCCACGUUUCCAUAAGGAAACUGGGUAACACUCAGGGACCUCGCCCAGGAAUGCAGGUUACUGCCAGGGUCCCCAGGUCGCAGGAGGAGUUGUAUUGGUGCUCCACUCACAUCCCCUACCUUUCUGGAUUCCCAUAGGCUGCUCUGGGCCUAUGGCAUUGUGUGGAAGGCAGUGGAUCGGAGGACUGGUGAUGUAGUGGCCAUCAAGAAAAUCUUUGAUGCCUUUAGGGACCAGACAGAUGCUCAGAGAACCUUCAGGGAAGUCAUGCUUCUCCAGGAGUUUGGGGACCAUCCUAACAUCAUCCGCCUGCUUGAUGUGAUCCCAGCAGAGAAUGACAAGGAUAUUUACCUGGUGUUUGAGUCCAUGGACACCGACCUGAACGCAGUCAUCCAGAAGGGCAGACUACUGGAGGAUAUCCACAAGCGGUGCAUCUUUUAUCAGCUCCUGAGGGCCACCAAGUUUAUCCACUCAGGGCGUGUCAUCCACCGGGACCAGAAGCCAGCCAACGUUCUACUGGAUGCUGCUUGCCGGGUGAAACUCUGUGACUUUGGCUUGGCACGCUCCCUGAGUGACCUCCCUGAGGGACCUGAGGGCCAGGCCCUGACAGAGUAUGUGGCCACACGCUGGUACCGGGCUCCAGAGGUUCUUCUCUCCUGCCGAUGGUACACCCCUGGGGUGGACAUGUGGAGCCUGGGCUGCAUAUUGGGAGAGAUGCUUCGGGGGCAGCCGCUGUUUCCUGGCACAUCUACUUUCCACCAGCUGGAGCUGAUCCUGGAGACCAUCCCGUUGCCUUCCAUGGAGGAGCUCCAGGGCCUUGGCUCAGACUACAGUGCUUUGAUUCUGCAGAAUCUUGGGUCCAAGCCACGGCAGACGCUGGACGCCCUCCUGCCACCAGACACCCCCCCAGAAGCCCUGGACCUCCUCAAGCGACUCUUGGCGUUUGCUCCGAAUAAGCGGCUUAGCGCGGAGCAGGCGCUGCAACACCCCUACGUGCAAAGAUUCCAUUGCCCCGACCGCGAGUGGACACGGGGAUCCGACGUGCGGCUCCCGGUGCACGAAGAAGACCAGCUCUCUGCACCAGAGUAUCGCAACCGCCUGUACCAGAUGAUCCUGGAGCGGAGGGGGAACAGCCGCAGCCCUCGAGAGGAAGGCCUGUGGGGUGCGGCCUCGCGGGUAGAGCUCAGGGCUUCCCCCGCCCGGGCUCAAUCGCUCAAGCCCGGAGUCCUCCCCCAGGUCCCCGCGGAGACGCCUGCGCGAAAACACGGACCCAGACCUCAGAGUAACCCUGGUCAUAACCCCAAGCACGUGGAAGUCCCCAGGCAGAGCUCAAACCCCCUGUUCCAAUUUCCGCCGCCAGGCAGGGGGGAAAGGCCAACAGGGGCCACAGCGGAGCCACCCUCGCCACCCUCAGGGGUGAAGACAAACGUUAGGGUGGUGGCACCCUCCCUGACUUCACAGGCCGCGGCUCAGGCGGCCAAUCAGGCCCUGAUCCGCAGUGACCCGGCCCGGGGCGGUGGGCCGAGGGCGGCCGGCGCGCGACGGGUGAGCCCGGCUCUGGCCCUUCCCAGCUCCCUCCAGUGCGGUUCGUACCCCCCAGAGCCCUGCUCCACUCCUCUCCCUCCUGAACAAGACCCUCGCCUGCGUGCAGGUCCCUUCCCGCCUGUCCCGGGAGGCCCCGGAACCCCGACCCGGUCGAAGGAUGUUUGGCACCUCGGCCUCGCAGGGGGCCCAGGGCGCAGCCAGAGCUGCGCUUGGCGGCUACUCCCAGGCCUACGGGACCGUGUGCCGCUCAGCGCUGGGCCGCCUGCCUCUACUCCCCGGACCGCGUGCUUGAGCCGCCCACGGGUCUCCUUGCGGCAACCUGGCGCCGUUCCCCAGCCCCCAGUGCAUCUCCCUCCUUUGUCCCUCUGCAUUCGAGUUCCGGGAGGGUUCCCCAAGCCUCUCUCCCCUAAGGGGGAGUAGACAGUGGUUUACACUCCACCCCAACAAUUUUUUUCCAAUAAAGUCAUUUUUUCCCCA